CAGACAGUUGUCUAUACUUAUUGCCGAAGACUUUGACGCAGAGAUGACAAAAGCACUUGUUUUUCUUCUGGCAUCCCUUCUGUUUUGUUCAGCCAUUUCAGAUGAUCAGAUGGGAAUGUCUCAGCACUUUGACCAUCCGCAUCCUGUGAGGGAGAUGGAGUUCAUUUAUCAUGACAAAGCCAUUGAGAACAAAGAGCUGAUACUUUGUGGUAUUUGCAAGUCCAUUCUCAGAAAAGUGAUAGAACUGAUUGGGAAAACAGCAAACAAGGAGGAGAUAAACCAGAAGAUUGAUAAAAUUUGUCAAAAAAUACGAAUACCUGGUUGCACAAACUUUGUGCUUAAAUAUAAAAAUAAAAUAGUCGAUGCUCUGCUCUCUGGAAACAAAGCAGGGUCCAUCUGUUUAAAAAUAAAACUGUGUAAAAAGACGGACAUGAAAACAAUACAGUAAUGUGAAGUGUAGAACUGGAUUGCCAUUUAUGUUGUCAUUUGUUACACAUUACAUUAAAAUUAAAGCUCAUUAAUAAAAAGUUGCAAUGA